AAAAGGCGCAGACACUUCAGUCAUCAACCAUGGCCUCGACCGUUGCGGUGUCGUCGGUGGGUGCACGGUUAGUGCAUCUACCGCGCUUAUUAGCACCGUUCACCACCCGGCUCAGACCGACAUACUCCUCCUCUAAAAUGGGUUUUACCCCGAUGCAUCUCGGGACCACUCUUCUAGCAAGAAAGCUUGUAGUUCGAGCUGCUAGAACUGAGUCCAAAGGGGCCUCCUUAGGUUCCAAAGCUCCCCAUUUUGAGCUUCCAGAGCCACUUACUGGGAAAGUGUGGAAAUUAGAAGAUUUUGAACCAUAUCCUGCUUUGCUGGUUAUGUUUGUUUGCAACCACUGCCCAUUUGUUAAACACUUGAAGAAAGCUAUUGUGAAGCUGACAAAUUUUUACAUGAAGAAAGGACUUGCAGUGGUUGCAAUAUCUUCAAAUUCUAUAGCUACUCACCCACAGGAUGGACCACAAUUCAUGGCAGAAGAAGCUAAGCUACUUAACUAUCCUUUCCCAUAUUUAUACGAUGAGUCACAGGAUGUUGCACGAGAAUUUGGAGCAGUUUGCACACCAGAGUUUUUCCUAUUUAAAAAGGAUGGUCGGAGGCCAUUUGAACUGGUAUAUCAUGGUCAAUUUGAUGAUUCCCGACCCAGUAAUAAUGUACCUGUUAGUGGAAGGGACUUGAGCAGGGCGAUAGAUUGUGUUCUCAGCAGCCAACCAAUCCCAUCAGUUCAGAAACCUAGUGUUGGAUGCAGUAUAAAGUGGCAUCCCGAGACAACUCUGUAAUCUGUAAUCACUGGUUUGAACUUCAUGAAGACAAAUUACAGAAUAGUGUGGUGUUUCUAUCAGUUAUCAAAGCCUCUUAUAUAAUGGACAAACACUAUUUUGAUUUAGUAUGUACUAGUAUUUUUCUUCCUUCUCUUAAUCUUUUCAGUCUUCCCGUCUUAUCAUUUUGGAUUUCUCAAGGCAUGGAAGACAAGGAAUGCUGUAAGAUUUGAUAUUGUGUAUAUGAUUAUGUAAUAUGAGCUUUACUUGUAAUA